AUGGACUUAAUAAUCAACUAAAUUUCUCUAUAUGUUCAAGGUGCUUUAAUAUUGGAAUAAUUUAUAUGGAGUUUACCUUUGACGAUAUCAUUCAUUUUGGGAGUCAUUAAUGAACUACAAAAUAUAGCAUAUAUUAAUAUAUCUUCUAAUUAAAAGCUUUUCAGUACUGCUUCUGAAUUGGAUUUAAUAACGAUGUUAUCAAGACCCAAUACAUUCAUUGAGAAUUCAACUAUAUUAACUUAUAUUUCACUGGGAUUUUUAUGUAUUCUUAUUCUUAGUUGUAUUUGCUUUAUUUUUAUAGUGAAAAGUAGAUCACAAAAUUUAGUGAUUGAAUUAUAAAAUGCCUUUAACACCAAUUAUUAUAUUAAGGUAUUAUUUAUAUUUGUGAAUGUUUCCAUUAAUGUAUGCAAAUAAGGAAUGGGUUAUAUAAUAAUAGAUGUUUGUUUUUAGACGAUUUAAUAAAAUAUAAAUGAUGUUGUCAAAGUCUUUUUAAGCUUUAUUACUAUUGUUGGAAUUUUAAUUUUAAUUUUCUUCUUUGUGAAUAUGUUUUCUUAUAAUUGGGCCUUAGAUUUUUAAAGAGAACAUUUGAUGAUAAAUGAAUCCAAUUUAACUUUUUAUAGAAUUGGUCUAAAAUUUUUAUAGUUAUCUUUUUUGUUAUAUAUUUAUGAUGAUAUAAUUUUUAGGAUGACAUAAUUAAUCUUACCAAUUAUUUCAUCGAUUAUAUAAAUAUAUUAAAUGCAAAAACUAAAGUAAUUCAUCUAUGGAUACUAUUAUCAAACAAUUUUAGUUAUUAAUCUAAUAAAUAUUACAAUAUGUUUGUAAUAUGUAUUACAUGAAUUAUUUCCAUAACACUAAUUUUAACAACUUUGGAUACUUCUAUUAAUUUUACCUUUAUAUUAUUUUCAAAAAUAAAUUACAAUGGAUUUGUAAAUACAUUUUAUAAAUUUCUAGAAUUCUAGUAUAGAAAAUUGCAAUUUUGUUCUAUUCUAAAUUAUUUAUAAUAUAACUAGAUAGAAAAAUAGUUUUAAAUAAAAGAUAGUCUAUCUUAUGUUUCUAUAAAAGCACACUAAGACUUGUUAUAAUAUUGAAUGUACAUGUAAACAAAGAUUUUAAUCUAAAAAUUUUUAAUAAAUCUCUUAUGAUAUAUAUUUUAGAGAACUCUUAUCUCAAUAUGAAAGAUUGAUAUCAACUAUGUCAUUUAAAUGUACAUAAGACUAAUAAAUUUUUAGUUAUUUAUAAUUGUUAUUUUUUUUAAAAUAAUACCUUUAAAUUUAUUAGUACUUCUAAAUAAUAUUUCAAAAAUCAGAUAGAACUAAAUUUCAAAAUUAAAUUUUAAUGACAGACAAUUAUAAAAUGAAAAAAAAAGUUUUCAAAAUUAAUUAUUUGCAUAAAUUAAUAGUUUUAAAAGUAGCUUAAGAUUUAAUGAGAUUAGAUAUUGCAUAAUAAUUUUCAAAUCAAAAGAAUAGUUUAUUAAAUGAAUCAUAAAAAAUUCAUUUUGCCAUAAAAGAAUACCUUGAUGUUGAAGGUUAAUGUGUUUAAAUUAGAAAAAUUAUAAGUUAAGUUUUAUAAAAUAAAAUCAAUUAUUUAGAAAAAAUAAAUUCAAAUAUAACUAAACAAAAUUUAGAAAAAUUAGCAUAUAAAUCAAUAGAAAAUUAGAUAGAUGGAUUAAAAUAAUUAAAAGCAUAUUUUAAAAAAACAUCAGGUAUUCAUAUUAUUUUUAAUUUAAUAGAUUAGAAAUAACAAAACAUUUUAAUGUUUUAUCAGAUGGAAAUUUUAAAUGAUAUGAUUUCUUCCUAAAAUCAAAAAUCAUCUUCCAAUAAUAAUGAUGAGAUUAAUAUAAAAUACAACAAUACAUUUUUGACAAAUCAAUUCUCCAAUAUGAUUAUUUAAAUAAACAAUAAGUAAAGUAUAAAAAUUCUCAAAUUUAAAUAUAAUCAAUAAGAAAAAUUAGACAAAUUAGAUUUAUUAAACUUUUAAGAUAUGAUACCUAAUUUUAUUCAAUUGUCUCAUAUGAAAUUAAUUGAGAAUUUUAUUUCAGGUAAACAAAAUAAAUUUUAUUAAUAACUUAAUGAAUCUUAUAUAUAAAUAUCAUAAUGUUUGUGUAAAAAAAUUGAUUUACUUAUGGAUUUAAGUUAAUUAAACUUAACCUCUAUUGAAAUGAUAGUAUUUUUUAGAAAAAAAAAGGAGAAUUCUUAUAGUAUAUUUCUAGAUGAUAGUAAAAGAAUCAUAAAUAUUGAUGAUGAACUUUUUUGUGAAGUAUUCAAUAUUGAUGGAGCAUUUGCUUAAUAUUUUAUUGGUUUAGAUAUUUGUAUUAUUUUUGAUAAUAUUGAUUAAUUACAAUAAAAUACAAUUUAUAGUUUAUAAAACUUUUAUUUUGUAGACCCAAAUAAAAUAAAUUCAUCUUAUUUUAUAUAAUCCUCAUAAAUAAAAAUUCAAUCUUUAUGGAAUUAAUAGUCAUCUUUGAUAUGUUAUUAAUGUGAUUUAUAACUUUCCUAUAAAAGAAAUGAAUUUGGAUCUAGUUAUUUUGAACUUAUAAUAAAAAAUCCAAAACGUAUAUUUAAUAAUGGAGAUACUUAUAUUUAUUAAUUUAAAUAAUCAGAAAAAGUAAUUGCUACUACACAUUUGGAUGAGUCUAUUAUAGUUGAUAAACCUUUUGUGUUAGAUUAGAGUAUACAUGAAGAAAAGUUAUAUCAUUAAUAAUUUGUUUAAAAAUCUGAAUUAGCAUGUUAAAAUUUGAUGUAAUCAGAUAUAUAAUAAGAUUAAUAAUUUGUUAUAAUGAAAAAUGAUGAAGAAUAAAAUGUAAGUGAAGAAAUAGAUAUAAAUACAGUAAGGAAAAAACAAAAAAAUUAAAAAUUAUAAACAGAAGGUAUAUCAUCUCAAUAAUCUGGUGUUUCAGCAAUGUAAAAAUCAAUUUAUUUUCGAUAAUUUUCUCUUGUUAAUGAACUUGCAAACUCAAAAAAAAUCCCUUAAAUUUUUAAAAGAAUGAUAUAUUUCAGAAUACUUUUAAUUUUAAUAUCCAUAGUUGGUUUUAGUUUGGUAAUUAUUAAUAUUAUAAAAUAUAGUAUUUGUAUGAAAUAGAUCUUUUUCAUCAUUUUCAGAAGGAUUUCAAACUAUUAAGUAUGAAAAAUGAUAUAUUUUAUCCAAUUUUAUCCUUUCAAUUAAUUCGUUUAUCAAUAGUUAAUUAUAAUGUUGAACUUUAUUUGAAAUUGAUUACUUAAUAGUAAUUUAUGGAAUUAUUAGUUUAUCCAAAAUCUAAAUUAAUUGGAAGUUAUGAAAAACUAAAAAGUGGGAUUUCAGGUAUCUUAACAGAACCUAUUUUUUUUUCUCUUUAUCAUGAUUAAUAUUUAAAUUUGGAAUUUUUGUAAAAAGGAAAUAUUGGUGAACCAAAUGAACUUAAUCUUCGUAAUAGUUUGAUUACUUUAUUGAAUUAUUAAUUUGAUACUUAAAAUGCUUAUAUUUAAAAUGGAUAAGCUGAUUAUGAAAGUUCUUACUUUUAUUAUAAUUACAAGAAUUUGCAUACUUUAUUAAAUGCAUUUACAGAUGCAAAUUAAAUUGCUUAUGAUUCUUAAUAAUAAAAUUUAGAUGAUUCUUAACAGAAAAUAUUAAUACUCUUUUUUGUUUUAUUUUUCUUUUUUAUAAUGAUUUAAUUUACAUUAACAAUUUCUGAUUUAUUGUUUUAAAUAUAAAAGGAAAAACUCAAGUUAUUACUAUUAAAUUAAGAUUAAAGUUUCUUAAAUUUAGAAAUACAAAGAUUAACAAUAUUGUAAGAAAUGAUUGAUAAAAAUUAUCAUUAAAUUUAAAAUUAUAAACUUAAUUUUUAAGAAAAAGAUUAGUAUUUUGGAAUGAUUAAAUCUUAAUGUAAUUAACAAUAAAAACAUUAAUUAAAAAAAAACUAAAUUCCUGCUUAAUAUUAUAAACCUAAAUCAAUUUUACUUACAUUAACACAUUUUUUAAUAUUAGCCUUAUCAUUUAUAAUAUUGACAAUAUAAAUUUAUGAUACAUAUUCAAAAAUAAAGUAAACUGGUAAAUUAUAUGAAGUAUUUGCUAAUUUAAAUAUAAAUGUUUUAAGUCUCUAUUAAUCAAGAGAAGUACUUUAUUAUAAAACAGCAUUACCAUUUUUAAAUUAAACAGAUCUCAAUUAAUAUUACAUAAUUGCAUAAUAAGGAUUAUCAGGAUUGUAAUAAUACGUUGAUUAAUAAUGGACAUUUUAACCUAAUAAUUAUUUUUUUGAUUAAGAAUUUUCUAGUCUUUUGGAUAAUUUUAGUAAUGGUAAUUUAUGUGAAGAAUUAAUUGUAAUUCUAUUUUACAUUAUAUUAGGUAAUAGACAAAUCUUUGAAUAUUUGUAAUAAUGCACUUGGUGGAGUUUUAUAGAAAGGAUUUUCAACUGCAUUAAUUGAUAUAAAAAAUCAGAUAAAGACUGAAUUUGAAUAUACAAAUUUUACAAAUAGAUCAAAUUAUCCAAUUUUAGAAUUAGAAGGGAUAACAAUAUUGAGUUACAGUCUAUAAUAUAUAAUUGAAAGGUUUUAUUCAGAUUUAUUUUAUUAUAAUUAAAGUGUUGAAGUAAAUUAUAAUGUAAUAUUUAAAUUAAUAUUUAGAUAAUUACAGUAGCUUGUUUAUGUAUUUCAAUAAUAAAUGGAUUAUUAUUAAUUAAAUUUGAUUAGAUAAUUUAAUUAAGAAAUUAUAAACUAUUGACUAAAUUUAUAUAUUCAGUACCUUUGACAUCAAUCUUAUUUGAUGAUAAUUUUUUAAGAAAUACUAGAAGUUAUUUUGUAAAUGAGAAAUUGAUAUGA